AUUAAUUUAGUAGUAUUAUAUUAAUUUCUAUCGUAAUAGGUUGGGAAUUAUUAUUGUUAUUACCUAUACAUAUUACAGUAGAAAUCUCGACCGCCCAUUUUCCGGAGGUCCAAUUUUAAGCGGUCUACCAUCUUUUUAUGUCGUGUUCGAUUACUUAAUACGAUAUAUCUUUUAAAUCGUAAACAGUCGUAUACGACGUGCGCUUGCGUUUUUAUCGUCGCGGCCGUUUUUUGAAUUUUUCGUUGCCAACGAGUUUAUCAUCGUAUACCACCUAUAUAGAUAACACUGUUAUUAUUAUUGUUAUUGUUGUUGUACGGUGUGCGGGAGUAGUUUUUAAAACCUUUGCACGCUUUUGAAAACGUAACCGUUCUUGCCGGCCGGAAAACCUCGGGAUUCGCGCAGUGUCUGCCGCGCACGGUCGAUCGAGAAUUUCCCACAUUGGUGUCUGGUCCGGACAGCGCAAAACCGUCGGCGGCACGAACAAUCGAAGCUCUAAGGACGUCGGCAUGCGCCCAGUGUAUAUCACUUCUUCGAGAGUACGACAGUCAUCCGAGCUGCUGUAGUGUGUGCCUGCGAUUUGUUCGGCGGAUUUGUCGAUCGCGCAAGUUUCAAGUUUAUAGAGACAAAAUCCGAGCGUUCAAGGUUGACAUUCUCACGGACGCGCGCUCUGCCCCGGUGCGGUGCGCGCUAAUAAUAAUACCGCCGCGACCAGUCGUUAAUAUAAUAUUAUCGUUUGUUAAUAAUAUUAUAUUAUAUUAUAUUAUACUACAUUAUAUUUAUAAUUAUGUAUCGUAUUACACACAGUACUAUACCGUCGUAUAGUGUUAUUAUGGUACCUAGGUAGGUAUAUAGGUACCUACUUAAUUAAUGCCUACUCGAGUGUUGCUUGUCGUUUUCGGCAAUAUCAUUAAAUUGACAAUAAUCAUAGGCGUCGGAGGAUAGUCACCCGGUCUAAGCAUUUUUUACUAUUUGCGUAACCGUUCACGUCUGGUUUGGACGCGUCCUGCUUCUGCUGCUGCUCGUUUUCGAAACAACUUGUUGUGGGGGGUAGUACUCGGCCGUUUUCGGCACUCCCGGGUCGAUACAAUUUCUACAUUAGAUUAUUUGGGACCCGGGUAGGUAUACACGUAUACAAAUAUUUUUACCUAUAAAUAAUAUGUACGAAAACGAAACUAAUUAUAAUAAUGAGAAAGUUAUUGUUGCCCGAAGGUAAACACCUCUCUCCCCUUCUAUUAGCAAAAUUUCGGCGCAUGGUAUUGCAACUUGUGAAUUAUCGACUAGGUACCUUCCUAAAUAGUAAAUAUACCCAACUAUCAUUCGAAUUUAACUAGUGUUAACUAAACAUUGUUUUUAAAAUAAUACAAACGACACUCGUGCUAUGAUUUUUCUUUUUUUACACGUUUACGUCGACAUUUUUACCUAUAUCGCCUGUGUAUCCUUGUUUUCAGAAGCGAACGGAAAAUAUGGAUUGGAUAUGAUGACAAAAAAAAAUAUAUAUAUAUUGGGUUCUGUACUUGGCUAAGUAAACAUAGGCUUUUCGCAAACAUAUUAGUGUAAAAGUGAAAUUUGCUGAUUGUGUCAUUAACUCUUGAACUUGAAAUACACUUAACAAAAUAUCUCAACAAUCAUAAUGAAGCCAGAAAUUACAACUGAAAAUGUCAAGUCUGAUAAUUUUUUUUUGUUUUCAUGGAUUUCCAAACAAUUGUUAUAUAUAAUAUAUUAUAUAUAUGAUGCUCAUUUAAAUCUAUUUUUUAAUUUCCAGGAAGCAGAAGCUUUUAUUUUUGUGAUUAAAAUUUCAUAUUGGGUCGACUUCCAUGGUGGUGGUGGGAAUUUGGUGUUUUCAGAUUGUCUCAACUUUCAGUUUAGACAUUUCAUCUCUUUUAAUUACUUUAUUAUGAUAUCUUCUUUUCAUAAAAGAUGGUUAAAACUUACACAUUUACUUGUAGAAACGAAACUUAGCUGAUAAUAUUCUAAGAGUGGGUACAUUUACCUAAUGAUGGAUGUAAUCUAUGAUGAACAAGGACAUUUCGAUCAUCAGAUUUUUGUCGUCUACAAAUCACAUAUAACUUAAAUAAGAUUAUUCAAGAUAUCUUUUGCUGAUAAAUUUGACAAUUAGAUUGGAUUAUGAUAAAGCAUUAAUAUAGCUUUCGAAUUGAUCUAUUAGUUAAAUAAUAUUUUAUAUUAUCUGUUAACUACCAUGAGCGUUAAUGUUGGUCUUGAAGACUCUUAUCAAAAUAGUCACAACGGGGCUUUUCAAUCUUGUAGACCCAUUAAAGCUCUGAUGAUGUAUGUACAACGUAGAAAUUCAAUAAUGGGGAAUGAACCGUGUGACAACAAUAUUAGGAUGCCCUCAAGUAGUUGGUCUGAUAGUACAUCGCAAAAUAUUCAUCUCAAAUUAACAUGUCAAGAAACAUAUCUUAAGGAUACAACUACAUGGUCAGAUAUGCAAUACGAAGCGGAAGAUACAGUUAGUGAGAUAAAAUAUUAUUACCCCAAAAAGAGGUUUUUGGAAAAAGCUGAAAUGGAAGCCGAUCAAAUUGAUACAGCAGAAAGAAAUUUAUCUUCCCAAAAUCACUCUCCUACUAACCAUUUAGGGGUAUCUACUAAAUGCCUAAAAGAGACUAUUCUUCAAUGCCGUAAUGCUUUCAAGGACGAUCCUAAAAAGCCAAAUACUGAAGCAUCUGAGUUCCUACAACGUACUUUUGGUGAUGUUACCAAGAAUAAUAAUUUAGACACCGAGGAAAAUAUGAAUCUCUGUGUUCAAACUGCUCAAGAUCAAAAGACUGAACCAUAUUAUCGGUCUGGGUACAAAAAAUUCACUUUAAGGCGUAAUGAAGAAGACUCAAAUGACUCAAACGUUAUAGAAACCCCUACAGUGAUUGAACAGUUACCAGUUAACUUAAUUGAACAAAUUGAAGUAAAUGAACCUAGAGGAAGAAUAAAUAGGGCUUGUAAAGGAGUACGUUACCAACAAUUCAUGAACGAUACAUUAUCAAAACGUCAAAAUAAAAAAAUGGGACCAAAAAAGUUAGUGAGCACUGAUGAUACAGUUACAAAACGUCGUAAGGGUAAGAAAUGUAACAUAAAAGAAGAAAAUAAUCAAGCUCCUGAAAUAAGUUCAUUACCAAUUCAAUCUCGUCGUGAAACAAGAAAUAGUGCCAAAGCAGCUGCACUGCGCAAACUAAAAGAAAACACUGACGAAAUAAUUGAAGAUAAUAAAAGAAAACAGAUUUCUGAUGAUAUAACUAAAGAACUAGAUUCUACUUCAAUCAUGGUAGUUCCUAAAAAACGUUUUAGAACAAAUGAAAAUGACAAUAAAUGUGAAACUGCUGAGGAACCUAAAAGACUGCCUUCACCAAUAUCUUCAGAAGCUAGUUCCAGUAGAUUAUCAAGUCCAGAAUCCAGUACUAGUAGUACCUCUACACAUGUUCACUAUAAAAAGCGUGUAUCACGAACAUUUGCUGAAAGUCAAAAUAAUACAAAUCCUACUUCGUCUGACACCAAUGUCAACUUACAAACUUUAGCAGAUGUUGCCUUACGAGGUAUUCCAUUUUGAUUGUCGAUUAACAAUUAUUACCAGUACUAAAAAAAUUACAUUACCUGACCAGUGGCUCAGUAGACGGUUGAUAUUCUCACUGGCUGUUAUUUUUUAAUAAAA